GUAAAAUAAGAGACACGUUUAUAUUUUAAUGUUGGACAAAUUUUUUUUACCUAUUUUUAAAAAUGGGCGGUGGAUGAGGAUUGGGUCGAACCUGAGGUCGAGCGUGUACCUACUGCACUCUGCUGGGCUUCUAUUGGUUUGAGAGGUAGGUGGAAUAUCUAUUUGACAUUGUCCCCCACUACCAUUUUCAUUUUUUGUCUUAAAAAUUAUCAACAGUAACAUCAAUGAUUUCAUAUUUGCGUCGUCUUGUCCUUGCAUUUUAAGUAUACUUUUUACUCAUGAAUCGUGAAAUUAAUUAAACAAGGGUUUUGACUGUUGAUUUUCUCUAAGAAACUAGGUGAGAAAAUCAGUAUGGACCAAAAAAUCCAGAAGGAAAAGAAAUGGGUAAAGGAUUCCAUGAUGUGAUUAAAGACGUUGAAAGUUUGUUGGGACGCUGGACAUUGACGACAUUGUCUUUCUGUUGCGUCACAUUCUACCAAGGAAAGUAAGUAGGAACCUUCGUGGCGUUUCCAAGUUCCAUACACUCCACUGCACGGAAUCAUUAAAUUUCCUUCGCUCUCUCUCGGCCAUUAGAAGCUGAGCCUUGGAGCAAAUGAGUUAUCAUCAUGUCUCUCAUGAGCCAUCAGGGCCCCCAUCUCCCUAUCCCCCACCUGGUUACCCUCCGCCACCUCCACCACCAGGGUACCUGUACCCUCCUCCCCCUCCUCCACCACCCGGAUAUCAGGGCUACUACUAUGAAGGAUAUCCUCCACCAGGACCAUCACCACCACCUCCACCUCCUCCCCAGAACAACAACCAGGAAGACACUGGCUGUUGUUCCUUCCUAGGGGGAUGUUUAGCUGCACUGUGCUGCUGCGGCUUGUUGGAGUGCCUCUUCUAGACCAUUAUACCUAUCCAAUAUAUAUUAUACAUCCCUAUUGCUGGAGAAAUUGUUCUCAUAACAGUCAAUCCAGUUGGUUCUAUUUGAUUCUGUACCAAAAAUCUAGACUUAAUGAGUUGAUUACUACUGUAUUAAUGACUUCUUUUAUCUCCAAUCUGAUAUAAUUUGUACUUUUAGCCUUUUAGCCACGUGCAGUGUUAAUCCCUAAUCUCUUUGUACCCAAAAAAAAAAAAAAAAAAACCAAAAAACAAAAAAUGACUUCUUUAUGGAAUCAAUUUAGUGGUGAUGAUCCGGUGAAGGAUGCAAUAUGCCAUUAAUAGAAGAUGGAGGACGGUAUUGACUAGUUUUCAGAGUACAGUGAUUCACUUCCCAGUUCCCACCCCCUCUCCCAACUUUUCCACAUCGAUUGAUCAAUCUUCCUCUUGCUGCAAAUAAUUUGUAGGUGAAAACCAUUGACUUGGUAGGAUGCCGUGUAGUUUUCGACUGUUCCUUUGUUUAAGUCCCUGAUUUCCGGUAAAAAUACCCAUAUGCUUGUGCUGGCAUUCCUUGAUAAUUUGUAGUUGAUUUAAUUAAUAAAGAUCAUGCGUACAU